CUUUUUUGAGAACGUUUUCAUCUUGUGUCCAUCCAACCAUCAACAAUCAGGCAGUCGAGAUGGUUCACGCAGACGCAGCAUUCUUGCCUGAUCACAUCAAGACAAAAGGAGAUCUCUACGAUCAUCUAUAUUCACAACUACAAAGCCUUCUAGCCGAUCAAAGAUCUUGGGUUUCCAAUCUGUCCAAUGCAAGUUCAGUGAUCUAUCAUACACUCAACAGCUUUGCUCCAUGGAAGGAUGAAAAGAAGGUCAAUUGGGCAGGGUUCUAUCUGCUAUCACCUCUGUUACCCUCUCCACCAAAAGUCAAAAAGCCAACACUUUUACUUGGACCAUUCCAUGGAUUACCGGCUUGUCAACUAAUCUUUAGUGUACCAGGAAAAGGCGUUUGUGCAGAUGCAAGUGCACUUUUACCACCCAGAACAGUCAAAGUGGACAGAACGGAUGAUUAUCCAGGUCAUAUCGCAUGUGAUUCUGCUUCUCAAUCGGAAAUUGUUGUUCCGAUCGUUGUGGCACGAGAAAAGGUGAAUGGAUUACGAGCACAUAAAGGAAAACAAGGAGCUGAAUUACCCAUCGAAUGGCAAGGAAGAGGAGAUGGGGAGAAGGUGAUUGUAGGCGUGCUAGAUAUAGAUUGUGAAGCUGUGGAAGGAUUCGAUCAAGAGGAUGUCAAGGGAUUGGAGAGGAUAGUAGAGUUGAUUUCUAGCUCGUGUGACUGGUGAUAUGUAUGAUUAAAAGCAGCCAAUGAGAGACAAAUCAAAAUGUCAAUGCGUGUAGAGAGCUCCCGA